AUGUUUCGUAUUCCUCCAAUACUUCUUCUCCUACUCUCUACUUUUGUCCAUGCAAGGGACCUCGGCUACUUCCAUGGAGUCGUUCAGGGACCCAAAGAGAUUCUUCAAAACCAUUUGGACAUCUUCCAAAAGGCUCUGGACGCUGAAGAAAAAGCUACAUUGAUGAGAAUGUUUCCAGAGACAGAAGCUCCAGAUGAAUCGGCUGUUGAGAUCUUGAUCAUAAAACACCACAACUUGAAAAUGGAAGUUAUUGAAGCAAAACGGGAAAUAGCAGGUCAGAUCACGGGAGAGGUGAACUAUUCGAGAGCUGGAGGAGGAAACGAAGUGUUCAGUGUGACCAUUAUGACGGUAAGCUGA